AUGGAAUCCAAUCCCACCAUCUGCGAGCUACGUAUAUGUUGUCCUCUUGCGUCGGGCUGCCACGGCCCAUGGUGCAUCCUCGGCUUCAGGAAGUGCCAUCACUCGCCGGCAGAGAGCGACACAAGACCAGCGACAGUGCCGGCCAAUCAGCUCCUGCGUCCCCCUUCUCCUUCCCCUUCUCCCGAACACGCAACCAUCACCACCACAGAUGCCACCGCCUUCGUCGCCACCACAUCCGCCAUCGUCACCAUCACCAUCAACAACGCCACCACCACCAGCACCACCACCACCACUGCCACCGCCACCAGCACCACCACCACCACUGCCACCGCCACCGCCUUCGCUACCACUCCGUGA